UAAAAUCGUACUCGUUGUCCAUAUCUCAUAUUAUCUUAUUCUGAUAUAAUUUAUAAAUCAUUUCUCGCGUUCUCGUCCAUUAUUGAACCUGCUUGCUCGUGGUUGGAUAAAUCAUGACCAUCUCCGUCGACGAAGUCCGCAACGAGUUGAAUCGCAUCGUCGAAUCGAGUUCGUCUGAUAUUCGACGAGUUGCCAAGUGUAGAAUUCUGUUGAACAACUUAAUGUCAACAUUUUUGACAAAUUUGGUGGAAAUAUUGAAAGAAGUCAUCAAAUUCCUUGCUCAGGAUAACGUCAACUUGUUUGUAUCCAGACAAAUGUUUUCUGAUUUCUGUAUGCGAAUCUUACCUUGGAUUCCAGAUUCACAGUCGAAACUAUUGGCUCAUUGCAUGCAGGAAGAAAUGCAACCGAGGGAGGUACAUUUUGAAUAUCAUUUGUCCAUUGUUUGUCAUCAUUUAUCACGUAUUUAUGAGAAAGAGGGAAAUUGGAAGGAAGCAGCUAGUUGGCUGGUCAGUAUCCCAGCAGAAUCUUAUUACAGAUUUUCUGUUGAUUAUGAAUUGGAACUAUUCAUAAAAAUUGCAUGUCUUUACAUGGAAGACGAUCCAUUGCUAGCAGAGCCUUACGUCAAAAAAGCUUCAGUAUUGCAAUGUUUAACAUCAAAUAAAGAUCUUGAAUUAAGUUUUAGAGCUUGUAAUGCACGAAUGUUGGAUUUCCGUUUGAAAUUUAUUGAGGCUGCACAUGAGUAUCGUGAAUUGUCUAUCAGUUCAUUGUCACAAGUAGAAAGUAUGACGGCAUUGAAAAAUACAAUUGUCUGUACUAUAUUAUCAUUUCCUGGUGUUGAUCGAACUCUUUUGUUGAAUUCAUUGAGCUGUGAUCAAAGAUGUGAAGUCUUUAUAAAAUCAUCAAUUCUUGAAAACCUGCGUGACGUUCGUAUUAUUAAACCUCAAGAAAUUGAUGAAAUAGAAACAUUGUUAUUGCCACAUCAGAAGGUUAAAAUAAAUUAUGACACAUCCAUAUUGGUUGAAGCUAUAGCAGAACAUAAUAUUCAAGCAAUCAAGAAACUUUAUAAGAAUAUAAAAAUUGAGUCACUUGGCUGCCUAUUAGAAUUGGAACCAUAUAAAGCCGAAUUAAUUGCAAGAAGAAUGAUAUCCGAAGGACGCAUAGAAGGAUCAAUUAAUCAGAGAGAUGGUUUUAUAUCAUUUGAACUCCAAAACACAGAUGAAUUGUUAGAAUCUUGGCGUGACCGAAUUGAAUCCCUGAACAUUCAGUUUAAUCGUCUAAAUGAACUCGUAUUGUCAAAUAGUCCAUUACAGACAGUCAAGAAUGAUCAUAGAGAUGUUUAAAUUUCAUUGUUGGCGUACAGUGAAGAGGUUUGCAAACAGAUGCUCGAUGAUCAGGAUGAUGUUGAUAGCUUAUAGCAAUGUAUAAUUUUUUCAUACUUUGGCCAACUUCUACAUCUCAUAAUAUAAUUUUAAAUAUAGGUUAUUCUCUGCUCAACUAAUUAUAAUGUUAGGUUAAUAAGUAAUUUCAAUUUUUUUUGUUACAUCUUGUUUUUAUGUAAUUUGUAAUUUAUCAUAAUAUUAUUGAUUCUUGUAUCGUUUAUAUUAUUCCAAAAGUUGCUUGAUGCUUAUUCUGAUAUAAUUUUAAAAAAUUAAAAUAAUUGAUAAUAUCAAGAUAUAUCAGUAUAAUAUAACCAGUAUAUAACUUGUAUGUACCAUAUUUAUGAAUCAAGUUAAUUCUGGUUUUACAUAAUGGUAUGUAUUAUGAAUUAGGGCUCCAAACUUAAUAAUUAUGUCGAAAUGACAAAAAACGACGGACUUUUAAAAAAA